CUUGUGUGUGCAGGGAGACCGGACAGCGCGUAGACCGGAGCGCGAGCUGUAAUGUGCGCGAGCUGUGCGGGUGUGUGAUUUCUGAUUUGUGCGCGUGAUUUUUUUUUUAUUAAAGCGCUUCUCAAAGAGAAAGAGAAAAAAAAACAUCAACAGCGGCAUCAGCAGAGUGUCACUAACGCAUGCGGUGUGUGUGACUUCGCCAAGGAAUAAGAAGUUGUGGGUGUUUUUUUUCUGGGCGGCAGCACGGUUUCCCCCGGAGUGUGAAUGAGUGAGCCCAGUCCUCCUGUGAUACAACCCCAUGAUAGUGGUAACGUGACCAUGGUGGGCAUCGGCAUCAAGCUAGAGGAGGCGCCUGGAGAUGGAGGUGGAGUCAGAGAGUCGCAGCAGUCCCCACCGUCAAGCGAUUGGUCAUCGCGCAUGUCGGCCGAGCGAGGCGACCCUGAGAAGUCGACCAUACGCAGCGCUCAGUCCCCUAUGGUGAGCUCUCCCAACAAAGAGCAAGCACACACACUCAGUCCCAGUGUCCAGGAUGUGCUGAACAGACCCAGGAGCAGGCCCGAAGCCCAAUCGAACGUCAGCGAGGUGUUGCCCACAAUUGAGAAAAUCCUGAAUGCAGAUUGGAGAGAGAAGAUUUUGGGAAAAGGCUUCCAAGGCACUCCGAAUGUAAAAGGCACUCCAGAAAGCCUGGCUGAGAAGGAGCUUCAGCUGUUGCUGAUGAUUAACCAGUUGUCCGGGCUGAGGGAGCAGUUGCUAGGAGCACACUCGGAGCAGAGGAACAUGGCUGCACUGCUCCUGGAGAAACAGCAGCAGCAGAUGGAGCUGGCCCGACAGCAGCAAGAACAGAUUGCUAAACAGCAGCAACAGUUGAUCCAACAGCAGCACAAGAUCAAUCUCCUGCAGCAGCAGAUCCAGCAGGUGAAUUUGCCCUACGUGAUGAUCCCGGCUUUCCACCCAAACACACAGCCGCUGUCCGUGUCCUCGGACGCACAGAUGGGGCUCCCACUUCAACCCAUUCCCUGCAAGCCAGUGGAAUAUCCCAUGCCGCUCCUCCCGAACCCUCAUUCCACUCCUAUCAAGAGGUCCAGUGGUACAGUCUUUCGACAGGAGAGCAGUCAGCCUUUGAACCUCACAGCCAAACCGAAAAGCCCCCAGAGCCUGGAUCUUCCCUCCUCCCACCUCCAGUCCACAUACAGGACCAGAGAGCUACAACACAGCCCUUCUCGACCCGCGCUGAGCCUGGGCUUUUUGGGAGAGGGGGAUAUUGUGAGCCAAACCAUCCACGAAGCUCAGCAGCUGUUGCGAGGAGGCCAAGGCCCAGCGAGCCGAGAGAGGGACGGCAGCACAAGGCUGAACGAUUACAAGGAUGCGUCCCGGGGCAACCGCCUAGUCCAUGCUGACCGCGCAGAGGAUGGACAGAACAUACGGACGAAUGACGAGCAUCUCAGCAGUGACUCUGAAGGACAGAUCGUUUCUGGAGUCGGGGGCUACAGUGACAGCCGGAGCGCUUCUUCUGGUCACAUCAAGAGACCCAUGAACGCCUUCAUGGUGUGGGCGAAGGACGAGCGCCGGCGCAUCCUACAAGCCUACCCUGAUAUGCAUAACUCAAGCAUCAGCAAGAUCCUAGGCUCACGCUGGAAGUCCAUGUCCAACCAAGAGAAGCAGCCGUACUAUGAGGAGCAGGCCAGGCUGAGCAGACAGCACCUGGAACGCUACCCUGACUACAAGUACAAGCCCCGGCCGAAGAGAACGUGUAUCGUGGAGGGCAGGCGGCUGCGCGUGGGCGAGUACAAAGCCAUGAUGAAAAGCCGCAGACAGGAGCAGCGUGCCUCAUACCCACCCAGUCAAUCAGAUCAGCAGCUGCACUACUCCACGGCCGAGCCUCCUUACUCCGCCAAACCCAUGUCCAUGGCCCUGCCUCUGCACCCUUCCCUCCUGGAGCACUACCUUCCUCGUUCCCUCGAGCCACCCCAAGCCCCACGUGGCCCAGAGGAGCCGGACGGUCUGCGUUCCAAACCACCGUACAGUGAGGGAGAAGAGAGUGAUGGAGGAGAGCGCAGCGAGGGCGAGCUGGUAGUCCUCACUGACUGACAGAGGGGGGGUGAUAUGAGCGAAUGCAGGGCUGUGAGGUGGAACGGGCGGGUUUCUGGAAUAGGCAGGGUGGUUUAGGGUGUUCAGGGCUCUUUGCUUUUUGUAGACGACACUUAAGCCAGCGGCGAGGACAAUGUCGAGGGACAGCUUAUAAAAAAAAAAAAAUUAGAGCACUUGUUUUCCUUCAGCUAGAAUGACUUUAAAAUGCAGAUGACAUCACAAGCAGGGGUGUUCAACUUAUGACCUGUUACACCAUGCGAUUUAAUCGAUUAUGCAGUUGUUGGUUGAUUCAAUGUAUUGAUUGAGGAUUUAUUUAUUUAAUGAGUCAAUCAAUGGGUCAGUUUCCAGGUCACUUUUUUUUGUUUAAAUGAUUUAGGUAAGGUUACAAAAGUGAAAUAGUCUAAAAUUGUUAAAUUCUAUGAAAAUUCACUGCCACCUACUGGACUGGAGUGUGGAGCAGACAUUUAAAAAAAAGAUAUGACAUUUAAACAAGCAGCACAGCAUUUCAGUGUUUGUUAUAUACUUAUAGUAAUUUUAAUACUUGAGACAAAUCAGACAGUAAACAUUAGUGUUAUCGAAUCAAAUAGAAGUAAAAAUCACAAUGGAUAAAAAUGUCAUUGUAUAGAGAUUCACAUCACAUCCCAUGGACAGGACCCAGCUUGAUAAAGGUUCUACCCCGGGCCUUUGAACUUUUUUACUACAUUAAAAUAGUAUCAAGUGAAUUGAACAAAAACCCACUAGGGGCAGAAUAGAAUAGAGCAAUAAACGCCACUAGUCAUAAAACGUCACAAACCUGAUGCUUACACAAUCGAAUACUUGCACAAUCACCCCUUUGACUUUUUUUUUAGAUACCUUUUCUACAAGAAACCAUUUUUUCAUGUUUACUGAACAGUUUUUUAAUGCAAUGUUGCUCAUUACCUGUAUAAUUUAGAGUGUUUUUGACAAUAGUACUAAUAUUACACAUCUGUAACAUCAUGUAAUUAUGGCACUGUACUAACUGAUACAAGCUGCCAUGGCAAAGAACCGGUUUGUAAAUCACCGCCACUAAUUCUACAUCAUCAGGUUAUCUAAAAACAAAUAACACAAUAGCAAAGCAUUCAGAAACUUGUCUUUUCCUUAAACGCUUAUUGAUUAGCGUCAUCAUGUUAGAAGAAAGCUCAAAAACAUCAAACAAGCUGGCAGAGAUACAGUACAGUCUACCAGUCUGACCGGUUCAUCUUGUGUCCUAUGGUUUAUCUUUAGCAGCUUACGCCAAGCUAGUAAAAGCUGAAAUCCAUUAAAAAUUUUAUUCUAAAAUGUUUAUUAAUUCUAGAUCAGCAGAAAAUGAGCAAAUUACUACUUUUAUUUUGUAGUGUUUAAUCCUACUGAUACUCCAAGUCGUCCGUUUCAUACGUUGAGUAGUGUGAUUAGCAUUAUCACAUAAUGUCACUCUUAAUGACUUUCCAAACAUAAGCUUUUUCCAAUCAGAGUUCCUGUUUAGAGAUGAAUGCGGUACUUUCCACGCCUGUAGUGCGUAAAGAUAAAAAGUUACAGAUGCUUAUCUAUGAAGGAAAAGACUUAUCAAUUAAUAAAUCAGUCGAGUUGACUUAAAAGAAACUUCAGGAUCUUGGACGUCUGUAGGAGUUCUAUAAAAGCUUGCGUGUAUACUACUUCAGAAAUGAAUAGGUAGCGAGCAGUACUUUUCUUUGUUGCUGGCAUGGUACCAUUGGUACAUUUAGUGUAUGUUUGUGUUUCUCCUUUUCUUUCUUUUCUUUAAAAUCUGGUUUUCUUUUUCCGUACAAUACUGUGCAAAACUCUUGAUUCAGAUUGCAUUAAAGAAAUGGGAACUAAUGGUUUACUGUGACAGACUGCAAAUGCCUAAAGAUACAAUUAAAAAAAUGUUAAAACCUCAGCAGCGACCUCAUUUCCCGUCUCGUCUGUUCCAACCACUCAGCAUCACCAGUAAACUAAUCACCGGCCUGAUUAUCUGUCAUCAUCUGCACCUGGUACUACUCAGGUACACGGACUAGCCUAAAAAACAGAGCUGCAAAAAGUCCUUUAGUAAGCCUUAAAAACUAUUCCUGAAGACUACAUAAAAAAAAUAUAAGCAAGGGCAAGGCGGUCUCUUUGAAAGCAAAAUAUAAGGAAAUUGUUGGGGGGUCAAGACUUUUGCACAGUACUGUAAGGUUAAGGUUUGAGGUAUGUACUGUACCUUAAAUUAUUGUGAAAGAUGAACAAUAUGUACUGAUACUACAACUCUAGCAAGAAUGAAUAGUACGGUUUUGGUACAUUUAUCAUUGAGAGAGUAGGCCAGAUGAGUUAACUGCCCCCUCUGCUGUUUAAGAGUGGACCUCAGAUGCUUCUCUGAGGCACACCAGCAUGUAAAAUGCACUUUUCUAUUCGAAAAAACUAGCACCUACAUAUAAAUAUGUAUAUAUUUGGGCAGUAUCAGUCAAGGUUCUGAAGCAGUAUGUGAGUCGAAAUCGAUCAGUCCUCACUUCGUCCCUAUCCUUUGGUUUAGUUUUGUGUAUAUAGUGUGGGCUUUGCUUUUACGAUUGUAACUAUUAGAUUUAUUCAACAAUCCGUUCCACCUCACAGCUCAUGACCGUGUCAGCUCCGCAAAACUUCGACCUGCCAUUUUGAUGAUUUUCUUUUAAGCUGAAAUGAGAUUGAGGAAUAAAAAUGUGUAACUAGAGAAACUAUUGAUGAAUGAAUGAAAGAAAGAUAUAAAUAUCAUUAGCUGGCAUAUCAAACAAACAUGCUGGAAUUUUGUACAGAAUUUCCAAUAGGAAUGGAUACAGUUUUUGUAUCUUACCUGUAAAAUCAGAUUUUUAGGAAACAUAAAAGAUGAAAGUUAUGAUUUGGUCUAACGUAAGAAGAAGAAAAAAAUAAAAGAAAACCGCUGUUGUAAAUAUAGAUUAUAGACUUUAUUUUGUUUAUAAAAGUGUAUAAGUUAAAGGUGUACAUUUUCCCUGUAUGUUUUAGUUUGUUUUUUGAGGUUUUAAUAAAAGAAUUGUGUUCCUUUUUGCAGUUGGAUA